AUGGGUCGAGUUCGAACGACGUCAUGGUCUCCAACACCGCCUCCUUUCCGUGGCUCCACCAGGCCGUAUCGGAGUGUCUCGGACUUCACUGUCAGGAAACUGGUCUGCGCAACAUACAUUCUGCUUGUGGUUAUCACCGUUUCGAUCCUCAAUCCAAACUGCUUCAGACUCGACAUGGACAAGUUCGCCCAGAAAAUCGCCGGAAAGCUUGGGGUCGGUGACCUGCUCCACCAAGGCCAGGGCCAGCGCGCCCAGAACCAAGCACAGCAACCCCCAAGCCAACCAGGCGCCGGCUUUGACUACAUGCACCCGCCGCCGGUGCUGUUCGACCAUGGCGGCACCGGGCGCGUCUUGGACAGAGAACACGUGCUGCACGCCAACGGCGGCACCUACCCACGCAUGUGCCGCUUGUCUGAUGGCUCUAUUCUGAUGGGCUUCACACGCUUCGAGCCCAACCCCGCCAACCCCAAGGUGCAGUUUCGGGUUCUAGACGUGCACCGCAGCACGGACAACGGCGCCACAUUCCACCCGCACGGCAUUGUCGACCGCUGCGUGAGGGAUUGUGACAACCUCUUCCUGCUCGAAGUGCCCACCCCGGACGGCAUCGGCCGCCCCAAGGUGCUGGCCGCCUUCCGGAACCAUGACUUUGGCCCCCACGGCGGCCACAGCUGGUACCGCAUCACCGUGUGCCAGUCGUUCAACGGCGGCAAGGACUGGACCUACCUGUCGCAGGCUUUUGAGAAGCCCACGGCGCCCAAUGGCAUUUGGGAGCCGUUCAUGCGCAUGGGCAGGAGGGGCGAGAUCCAGAUGACUUUCAGCCAGGAGCUGUGCGAUAUCGACCAGGACACUAUGUUUCUUACCUCCAACGACCAGGGCAAGACUUGGUCCCCACCCAGGGCGGUAACGGGUGUUGGCGAGCAGUUACGGGAUGGAAUGACCGGUAUAGUGCGCACAAUGGACCAAGGACGGGAGGUGAGCGUGAUGGUGUUCGAGACUACGAGGCACAACCGCUGCUUCUCGAUCGAGUGUGUCCUCUCGUACGACGAUGGGUACACCUGGGGCUGGAGACAAGUCGUCUACGAACCCUCACCACGCGGGCGUCACGCCGGCAGCCCCCAGAUUGAGGCCUUCGGUGACGGCUCCAUUGCUGUGGUCUUCAUGACCGACGAGGACACGCCAGAACGCGAACGCUCCUGGCCCAGCAGUGCGAAGAUCAAGGCCGUGUUUGCAGGCCCGCCGGUGCAUGGACGGAUCCAAUUUCACCAGCCAGCGGAGACCGUGCAGCCGCCGAACUCGUUUUGGCCGGGCAUCUUCAAGGUCGACGACAAUACACUUAUGGGUAUCUUCCAGCAUGGCAGGUCGAUUAGAGGGCGUCAUCUCGUGUGGCAGAAACCACAGUAA